UAGUUCAUAUCCAUCCUUCACUACGGGAAGCAUCAGAAUGAUACCGCAAACUCCAAAAGUCUUAGACACCAAUGACUAUUCACAAACAUUAGGGAUAUCACAGCAGAUAUUUAAAGGAGAUGGUGAAUUUGCAGGAACUGGGCUACAAUCAUUAUGUACAGAGAGUAAUUUAGUCAUCAAACAAGAGGACAACAUUUAUGCCUUAUCUAGUGAAAUGAUUAUCCCAGAGGAUAAACCACACACAUUUACUGAGUUUUCAAAACAUAUUAAAGAAGAGAAAAGUCUACAGUCUAGCCAAAUAAUUCAUACAAAGGAGACACCUUUCAAAUCUACAGAAUGUGAGAAAAGCUUUAGAUGGAAGACUAAGCUACUAGAGCACUACAAAAUUCACACAGGUGAGAAACCACACACAUGUACUGAGUGCGGCAAAUGUUUUACACAAAUGAAUCAUCUGAAAACUCAUAAAAAGAUUCACACAGGAGAAAAGCCUUUCACAUGUACAGAGUGUGGAAAACGUUUUACACAAAUAAAUAAUCUGAAACGUCAUGAAAGGAUUCACACAGGAGAAAAGCUUUUCACAUGUACAGAGUGUGGAAAAAGGUUUACAGAAAAUAGUGAUCUGAAAAACCAUGAAAGGAGUCACACAGGAGAAAAGCCUUUCACAUGUACAGAGUGUGGAAAAAGUUUUACACAAAAGAGUGAUCUGAAAAAGCAUGAAAGGAGUCACACAGGGGUAAAGCCAUUCACAUGUACAGAGUGUGGGAAAAGUUUUACACAAAUAAAUAAUCUGAAACGUCAUGAAAGGAUUCACACAGGAGAAAAGCUUUUCACAUGUACAGAGUGUGGAAAAAGGUUUACAGAAAAUAGUGAUCUGAAAAACCAUGAAAGGAGUCACACAGGAGAAAAGCCUUUCACAUGUACAGAGUGUGGAAAAAGUUUUACACAAAAGAGUGAUCUGAAAAAGCAUGAAAGGAGUCACACAGGGGUAAAGCCAUUCACAUGUACAGAGUGUGGGAAAAGUUUUACACAAAUAAAUAAUCUGAAACGUCAUGAAAGGAUUCACACAGGAGAAAAGCUUUUCACAUGUACAGAGUGUGGAAAAAGUUUUAUAGAAAAGAGUAGUCUGAAAAUUCAUGAAAUUAAUCACACAGGAGAAAAGCCUUUCACAUGUACAGAGUGUGGAAAAAGUUUUACACAAAAGAGUGAUCUGAAAAAGCAUGAAUGGAGUCACACAGGGGUAAAGCCAUUCACAUGUACAGAGUGUGGGAAAAGUUUUACACAAAUAAAUAAUCUGAAACGUCAUGAAAGGAUUCACACAGGAGAAAAGCUUUUCACAUGUACAGAGUGUGGAAAAAGGUUUACAGAAAAUAGUGAUAUGAAAAACCAUGAAAGGAGUCACACAGGAGAAAAGCCUUUCACAUGUACAGAGUGUGGAAAAAGUUUUACACUAAAGAGUGAUCUGAAAAAGCAUGAAAGGAUUCACACAGGAGAAAAGCCUUUCACAUGUACAGAGUGUGGAAAAAGUUUUACACUAAAGAGUAGUCUGAAAAUUCAUGAAAUGAAUCACACAGGAGAAAAGCCUUUCACAUGUACAGAGUGUGGAAAAAGUUUUACAAAAAAGAGUAAUGUGAAACGUCAUGAAAGGAUUCACAAAGGAGAAAAACUGUUCACAUGUACAGAGUGUGGAAAAAGUUUUACACAAAAGAGUCAUCUGAAAAAGCAUGAAAUGAUUCACACAGGGGAAAAGCCUUACACAUGUACACAGUGUGGAAAAAGUUUUAUAGAAAAGCGUAGUCUGAAAACUCAUGAAAUGAUUCACAAGGGAAGAAACCUUUAACAUGUUUAGAAAAUAUGGUUGCUACCUUUUGCACAGCUGAUUAUCUGACACUUUGCAAAUGGGCAUGGUUGAGGAUGUGGUUAGGGGUGUGGCUUCACAUGACCUUAAAGGGACAUUCCAGCCAAAUUUUGGAAUCCACGUGUAUGCAUUUCAGUUUUGAGUAGAAGCAUUUUUGUAGUAUACAUGUAUUAGAUAAAAGUUAUAGUUGUUUCAAAAGUGUAUUUAAGUUUGC